AUAAGACUCUGGCAGACUAACAAGGCCAGGACACAGCAGAAUAGCUAGUACUUUUGUGGAAAGUAGAGUUGCUAAGUUAGGUGUGCCUGUCGGCUUCCAGUAUGGAUGAUUUAGAUACUUCCUUCUAUCUUAGGUGAAUACUGUAUUCAUCUUGUUCUUAAACGUUUUUUGUUGCAGAAGGGUGGUGACAGUGGUGGUGGCAGUGUUUUAUGAUCUCGGGGAAGCUGUGUUGUGAGAGGUUCCCGAGGACCGCAUGAUUUGUUGUAUCACGAGGGCUGGCACUGGCAGACUUACCCAGGUCCUGUUUGUAAAGCAUGUGAGCAGCCUGAUGAAAGGCAUAUCUUGGCUUGUGGGUGACUCUUUAGCAAUCCCAACUGGAACCUCACACCAAAAGGCACCAUGAUAGUGAUGACUGACGUCAGUGCAGCCCCCAGAUUGGGGUCAACUGCCACCACUCCAGCUGUGGCUCCCAACUUCUCCUGGAUGCCGGAGGAUGGCAGCCCCACGGCUGUGGAGCAGCCAGUAUUCCUCAUGACCACUGCUGCUCAGGCUAUCUCAGGUUUCUUUGUAUGGACAGCUUUGCUCAUCACCUGCCAUCAGAUCUACAUGCACCUUCGCUGCUAUAGCUGCCCAAAUGAACAGCGCUACAUUGUUCGGAUCCUCUUCAUUGUGCCCAUUUACGCCUUUGACUCAUGGCUCAGUCUCCUGUUCUUCACCAAUGACCAGUACUAUGUUUACUUCGGCACAGUGCGGGACUGCUAUGAAGCCUUUGUAAUAUACAACUUUCUCAGCCUCUGCUAUGAGUACUUGGGAGGGGAGAGCUCCAUCAUGUCUGAGAUCAGAGGGAAACCAAUUGAGUCCAGCUGUGUAUACGGGACUUGCUGCCUGUGGGGAAAGACCUAUUCUAUUGGAUUCCUGAGGUUCUGCAAACAGGCUACCCUGCAGUUCUGUGUGGUGAAGCCUCUCAUGGCAAUCAGCACAGUCAUCCUUCAGGCCUUUGGCAAGUACCAGGAUGGUGACUUUGAUGUAACCAGCGGCUACCUCUAUGUGACGAUCAUCUACAACAUCUCUGUCAGCCUGGCACUGUAUGCCCUCUUCCUUUUCUACUUCGCCACACGUGAACUGCUUAGUCCCUAUAGCCCAGUCCUCAAGUUCUUCAUGGUGAAGUCUGUCAUCUUCCUGUCCUUCUGGCAAGGGAUGCUGUUGGCCAUCUUGGAAAAGUGUGGUGCCAUCCCCAAAAUCCACUCUGCCAAUGUGUCUGUGGGUGAAGGCACAGUAGCUGCUGGGUAUCAGGACUUCAUCAUUUGUGUGGAGAUGUUCUUUGCAGCCAUCGCCCUGCGCCAUGCCUUCACAUACAAGGUGUAUGUGGACAAGAGACUUGAUGCCCAAGCUGUUCCAUCAUAUGGGCCAUACGGUCGCUGUGCUCCCAUGAAGAGCAUCUCCAGCAGCCUCAAGGAGACCAUGAACCCCCACGACAUUGUCCAAGAUGCGAUCCACAACUUCUCCCCAGCCUACCAGCAGUACACCCAGCAGUCGACGCUGGAGCAUGGUCCCCCCUGGCGCAAUGGCAGCCACGUUAUCUCGCGCUCCCAUAGCUGCUCGGGUGCCCGUGACAACGAGAAGACCCUCUUGCUGAGCUCCGACGAUGAAUUUUAGGAGGGGAAGCUGCCAGCACAGGCUGUCAUUUUCCUUCUUCUGUUGAUUUUGUGGUUCUUUUUUUAAUUUAUUGAAGCAGAAACACACAGGUCAUAUCACAUCCUAGAGAGUGCAGAUUGCAGAAAUGGGCACUUCCCAUUAGCUUUUGUGGGCAUGGACAUGACGAGCGGUGCGGAGGUGGGGGAAUGGCCAAGACACUGUUCUCGAGCCCAUUCCUUACAGCAGCAAUCGACUGGAAUCAAUUGAAGCAGAGCUCCAGGGUUUAGGGCUCUGGCUUCCCACACCUCCCCAGCUUGGUGUGGACUGUGACUGGCCAGAGCCUGAAGUUGUGGCCAAAAAUGUUUUUGUGGUUUUUUCCAACUGGAUAACCUGACUGCUUUGUAUUCCUCUUCCUGAAUGGUUGAUGUAGGCAGAGUUUUCUCCCCCAGCUCCCUGGUACUAACAUCUGUAUGGUCCUUGGGACAUGCGAUAACAGUGCAGCGAUAAGCAUUCCUGAGGACCAGACCGGAGACUGGUCUCUCUAUAGCCAUUGCCUUGAAUGCUUAGAAAGGAACAUCUACCCCCACCCUCUACUCACCUAGUUGUGCGGUCCUGUACUUGAGCGAGCAGGGGAGUAAAAGACAGGACUUUUGUCCUGUUCCUCUGCACCCUGCAUCCCCCUUGCUCCCCAUCAAAGCCGAUACUUGUUGAAGCUCAGCAAGGAUGGAAUUGCUGUCUCACAAUGGCAGGGUUUUCUAAUCGCCAGGUGUCUAAGCUUCUCAUCUCCCCUGCAUUCUGGUGGCAAGAAGCCUCCCUGGAGCAUCUGUCUCCCACUGACAAGACUGAGGAUUGGCUGUGAUAGCUGAUGGAAGUUUGUAGAGCUCUGGCCCUUUCAUCCCUCUGUGGGAAAGGAAGAUAUGUAAACACUAGAACCCUUUUUCCUCUUGUUUCCUGUCCCCCACUGGCAUAGCUGCCCCUCUUAAAGGUGUGGAUUGCACCAGGUAGCUGCCUGAGCAGGUCCUGGUCUUGCAGGUAGCUCUCCCCACACAGGUCAUCACUGACUUCCCCUUUGAGCUGCACAAGUUUUGCCCUUAGGCCAGAAGGGAUGUUGCACACUCCUUUGCUUUUUAUCUCCAUAGCUGUUCCAGGCCAAACUGGAGCAGACUUGAAGCCUGACAUGAUCUGUCUGGUUCAAGUUGUCCCUCUUAGUUUUCCAAGCAGCAGUUUCUCCUGCACAUUUCACAGGCCCUGCAGCAACUGCAGUGUUACCAAGGAUGGAGCCAGCAUCCACAGGAGUGGGAAAAGAAGCUUCCCCUUGCUUUGUUGGGUUUUGGAUGGGCCCCUAGGUAUUUAGUGGAGCCAAAAUAGAAGUGAUCCCUCUGUAGAUCUGUCCAGGGACCAGGAAAUGCCUCUUGCUUGCUUAAAAUUGUCUAGGGUAGGAGCAGGGAAGCACACUCAAGUACUGCAGAUCAGAUGCCCCAUACCUCCAUACAGGAAGCAAAUGGAGGGGUUGGAGCAAGGUGCUGUGUUCUUGGCUGCAGUUUCUCUGUUCCUCUGCUGCUUGAUGUGUAUCGUGCUGCCAGCAGACCUGUGCAUUCCCAGAUUGCCCCUCAUUGCUCUGUUGGGAGCACAGGGGUCUGGUUUACUGGCUGGAGUUCACCUUUUCUCUUGUAUCCUAAUCUGUGUGCUUGCUCAUUCACUUUCUCAGCAAGCGACUGUGAGUGAAGAGCAUCUCAUUUCCUCAGCACCCCUGCCAGAAGCCUGUGGUCAGGAGCAGGAGGAAAAAGGCUUGAAGAGAGGCAGGUUUGCUCCCUGUCAUGAGGAUAAGAUAGGAGAAGGCUUAAGGACAAUAUCAGGGCAGUGUCUCCUUCUGUACUCUGUGUCUGGGAGGGUGGUGAGGUGGGUGUUAGCACCAGUGCUGUUGAGGGAGCUGGAGGCAGGGCCAGUGGAUCCAGCAGCUUCUCUGCUGCUGGAGUUCCCCACUUGAACACCUCCUGUGAUGCCAUGCAGUUCAUUACUGCUUUUCCUAAACCUGUCGCUGGUUAAACAGGCACACAAAUGCUGGCUGCCAGGCUCUAUGGGGGCUUGGUGUAAAACUCCUUUUCCUCACGACUGAAAAGCAGGACUGAAGAUCGAUUGAAUGGGCUUUCCUUAUAU